CGCACGCUGUUUGCACGACGGUCGUUUGCAAAUGGCCAGUGGUGCUCUUGGUUUCCCGUCAGCUACGCUAAUCCCAAAGGCAGUAACAGGGGUGGAAAGGUUUCUUAAAAAACAUCCGCAGUGGGACGGAAGAGGCGUCACCAUUGCUGUACUUGACACUGGGAUAGACCCCGCUGCUAAUAAUCUGCAGGAGACCACUGAAGGAAGAGCUAAGAUUCUUGAUAUUAUAGAUGCAACAGGCAGUGGUGAUGUGGACACGUCUUGUGUUAGGAGAACAGAUGCUAUUAGUAGCAGGAAUAUCAGGUCUUUGGAUGGCAAAAUUGUAGACAUUCCUGAUGAGUGGUGCAACCCUACUGGAGAGUGGCAUAUUGGACUAAAGCAUGAGAAUGAACUUGUUCCUGUUUCUGUUAGAAGCCGCACUAAGGAGAAAUUCAUCACAGAUGUAUGGAACCCUAGGCAGAGUAAAUUGAAAGCUCAAGCUCUAAGAAAACUGGACAGUUUGGACUUCAAUCAAUCAGAUGCCAACUCUCCAAUG